ACUAGAUUUUUAUGAAAAUAAUUAAAAGACAGAAAUACCCACUACUGCAGUAUAACAAGCUUCAACCUCCAAAAUUUUCUUUGAGUCAUUCAAUUUUCCCACAAAUAAAAAGUAUGUCAGAUGAGGAUAUUUCAGAAAGUUUCAGUGAAUGGGAGCGAAUCCCAUCUCCAUCAUCAAAUACAAGCAAUAAUAAUGAUACAAAAUUUUCCAGUGAAGAUGAGAUUCACAUAGCUGCUAUGGAAGAAGUAACUACUUUGCCACUGACUGAUAGUAAUAAUGAUGAGAACGGCGAAGGAAAUAAGUUGAAAAAGAAUUUAAGAGAAUUAAGUUGUUGGAUUGUUCAUAUUGCUUCGAAGAUCAGAAAUUAUGUUGCUACUAAAGUGGGAAUUGGAACUUUUACUUCUAGUAGAAGUAGAAUAUUAGCAGUGCUUUUGGUUUCCUUUUCUUAUUGGAUGAUAAAGAAGAAAUUGCGGAGGCAAAGACAGAUUGAUAGUACGUCUAGGGAACUUAUGCUUCUUAUACAAGAAAAAGACCAGAAAAUCGACCAGCUAUCGCUCCAAAUUAGCCGAAUGAAUGAGUCCCUACUAACACGGCGAAAAGUUCCAAUCCUUCAAGUAGGCUAAUAGAAUCACUAGCCGUUAAUUGUUUGCUGUGCAGACUUACAUGGAGCUAUCUCUUCUGCCAAUGGUUGUUUAUUUGAAAUCUAUAAAUCAAAAGUAUAUAUAUUUAAAGAAACCAGGAUACAUACUGUAACAACAAACAGAAGAUAUUUUAUCAGAAUUUGGUAUGGAAUAUCAUGUACUCUUUUUCAUUGCAA